GAAACAUCCCUGAGAAGGUGGGUGUGGACCGAGGCCUCCCACGCUUCCCCGGGGCUGUCCUGGACGUUGGCAGGUUCUGUGGUGUGAGGGGUCCAUCUCUCAGAGAAGCCUCCCACAGCGAAUUCCUGCCCCCCUGAGGAACUGAGCGGAACUCAGGCGCGUGUCCAUGGUUGCCGAACGUGCCCUAUUCAGCCCCUCUCCAGAAGGACAAAGGAGAGAGAUUAAUUGGCACCAAAGUGUUGGAAAGAACCAGCAUGUGCUGACCUAUUUAAGAUGGAUCGAGGACAUUCUAGAGAGAGUCUCUAGAGCUCAGUUCUUGUAAAGCUUCAGUGCUGAAGUCAAAAACAGGAUGAAGGAUCCCGGGGGCCACCCCCAACAUGCAGGACUCCCCGAUGCCCCGGAACAUGGGUCCCCACAAGCAGCCUCGGGGCAGCGCGAGUCCGCCCCUGGCCCUGAACCCCCUGAAGAGCCAGAAGGUGCUGGCGGUGCUGGCCGAGCGCAACCAGACGGUGAUGCCCGUCGGGGCCUGGGUGGAGCCCGCCCUGCCCGACCGGUCGGAAGUCCCCGCGCACAUUUCAGCAUAUAGGAUUGAACAACAACUAAAGGAACAACUAAGAAGAAAACAAGAGGCUUUGAAGCAUUUUCAGAGACAAGUCAAACAUCGAGUAAAUGAGCAAAUUAGGCUGAGAAAAAAGCAGCAGCUUCAGAAGUUCUAUGAAGCAGCAGAAAAAGAAGGCUCUGUAGCCAUGCAGUCUUCAGAACUGGUCCUCUUGACUCCUAGAAGCAGCAGCAUUUUCCAAAGCAAUUUGAAUGCUGCCAUGGAGAGUGAGAAUAGACUAGAAGACAAAGAGACUCAAAAUGGAUUAUUCCAACAACAAGCCCAGGCUCUCUGUCAGACCAUGAAGCAGGCACGUCACCAGCUGGCGUCCUUGAAAACUGUGAGUCACAAGGACACACCUCUGCUCCCUAGGGGCCCGAGGAGAAGCUAUCCCACCAGAGAGGAAACUAACUCUAAAGAAUUUUCAUCUAUUUUCAUUGACAUCGAUGAGAAAGGGAAAGAGAAUUUGAUUGGGGUGGACCAAAAGGGCCUCCUUUCUGAAGAGGGGAACAUCCCUGUGGUCAGAGUGCAGGAAGUACAACUCAGAAAUUCAGUAUUUGAUGUUAUGGACCAAGAAAAGAUAGAGCAGUUUCGCCUUCUGGGCCUUCAGAAUAUUUCAGAAGGUUAUCUGUUGGAAACCAAGGAUGUUCGGACAGAAAUCCAGACCACUGAGCCCUAUAUCCAUGCUGCCAAACCUGCAGCACUGGCUGCUGAGACAGAAACUCAGGAAAUUAUGUUGGAAACCCAGAGCAUUGAGCUAGCAGACAGGAGAGUCGGGCUGGAAGGCAGAGUCUUUAUAUCUCCAAAGCAGCAUGUUCUGUCUAAAGAUCUGGGUGUUUUACCCAAAGGUUAUGGUAAUGAGGACCGGGACUUUCUACUUAGAGAGGGCUUUUUAUCCAAAGACCAGCAUCUUGCACACAAAUUUGAGGACCAGGAUUUUCUGCCUAAAGUUCAGACUUUCUUACCCAAAGGCCAACGUAUUCCUCAGAAAUCUGAACACCAGGCCCUUCUACCUACAGAUCAGAAUUUUUUACUCAGUGGCCAGAGUCUUCCUCAGAAAUCUGAGCACCAGGCUCUUCAACCUAAAGAUCAGGAUUUUCUACUCAGUGGCCAGAGUCUUCCUCAGCAAUCUGAGCACCAGGCUCUUCUACCUAAAGAUCAGGAUUUUCUACUCAGUGGCCAGAGCCUUUCUCAGAAAUCUGAGCACCAGGCUCUUCUACCUAAAGAUCAGGAUUUUCUACUCAGUGGCCAGAGUCUUCCUCAGAAAUCUGAGCACCAGGCUCUUUUACCUAAAGAUCAGGAUUUUCUACACAGUGGCCAGAAUCUUCCUCAGAAAUCUGAGCACAGAGAUCUUCUACCUAGAGAUCAGGAUUUUCUACUCAGUGGCCAGAGUCUUCCUCACGAGUAUGAGGACCAGGAUUUUCCACUUAGAGACCAAGAUUUUCUAUUUGACAACCUGUAUUUUCCUCACAAGCAUGAAAAAGAGGAUUUUCCAGCCAAAUAUCAGAAUUUUCUACCCAAAGGCCAGAGUAUUUCUCACAAGUAUGAGGACCAGAAUUUUUUACCCAAAGGCCAGAAGAUUCCUCAAAAUAAUGAGGGUCAGGACUUUCUACCCAAGGGCCACAGUAUUCCUCAUAAGCAUGAGGACCCGGAUUUACCACCCAAAGGCCAGAAUGUUUCUCACAAGUAUGAUGACCAGGAUUUUCCACCCAAAGGCCAGAAUGUUCCUCAGAAACAUGGGGACCAGGAUUUUCUGCCCAGGGGUCAAAGUAUUUCUCAUAAAUAUGAGGACCACAAUCUUCCAUCCAAAGACCAAGAUUUUCUUUCCAAAGGCCAGAAUAUUUCUCACAAAUAUGAGGACCAAGAUUUUCUAUCCAGUGGCCAGAGUAUUUCUCACAAAUAUGAGGACCAGGAUUUUUCACCCAAAGACCAGGAUUUUUUACCAAAAGACCAGAGGAUUUCUUACAAAUAUGAGAACCAGGAUUUUCUACCCAAAGGCCAGAAUGUUCCUCACAAAUAUGAGGACCAGGAUUUCAAAGACCAGGAUUUUCUACCUAAAGGCCAGAGUAUUUCUCACAAGUAUGAGGACCAGGAGUUUCUACCCAAAGGCCAGAAUGUUCCCCACACAUAUGAGGACCAGGAUUUUCUACCCAGUGGUCAGAGUAUUUCUCACAAGUAUAAGGAUAGGGAUUUUUCACCCAAACACCAGGAUUUUCUUCCCAAAGGCCAGAGGAUUUCUCACAAAUACAAGGACCAGAAUUUUCUACCUAAAGGCCAGAAGAUUCCCCAAAUAUAUGAGGACCAGGAUUUUUUACCCAGUGGCCAGAGUAUUUCUCACAAGUAUAAGGACCAGGAUUUUCCAUCCAAAGACCAGGAUUUUCUUCCCAAAGGCCAGAGAAUUACUCACAAAUAUAGGGACCAGGAUUUUCUACUCAAAGGCCAGAAGAUUCCUCACACAUAUGAGGACCAGGAUUUUCUACCCAAAGGCCAGAAUGUUUCUCACAAGUAUAAGGACCAGGAUUUUCUUCCCAAAGGCCAGAGAAUUUCUCACAAAUAUAAGGACCAGGAUUUUCUACUCAAAGGCCAGCAUGAUCUUCACAAAUAUGAGGACCAGGGUUUUCCACUUAAAGACAAGGGUUUUGUACCCAAAGGCCAGAAUAUUCCACACAAAUAUAAGGACCAGGAUUUUCUAUUUAAAAACCAAGAUUUUCUAUUUGAAGACCCAUAUUUUCCUCACAAACGUGAUAGACAGGAUCUCCAGCCUACAGACCAGGAUUCUUUGCUCAAAGGUCAAAGAUAUGUGGACAUAGGUUUUCUACCCAAAGAUCAGCGUAUUCUUUCCUCAGACCAGAAUAUGCUAAGCAAGUAUCAGGACCAGGGGUUUCUACCCAAGGACCAGAAUUUUAUGCUUAACUUUCCAGAUCAAGGUUCUCUACUUGAAGACCAGGAGAUUCUACGCAAACAGGACCAGGAUUUUCUCCACGGUGAGCAGAAUAGUCCUUCCAAAUAUCAGGACCAGGAUUUUUUAUCUAAAGAACAGAAUACUUUAUCCACCUAUCAGGAGCAGGAUGUUUUACCCAAGAGCCACCAAGACUUUUUACCCAGAUAUCAGGAAAAGUAUUUUAGGCAGCCAUCAUCUGCCUUGGCUUCUGGAAGAUGGUUAAAAGAGUGGCCACCAGUUGUCCAGCAGCACCUUCCACCCAAGCUCCAAGGCCAGCCCAGUGCCAGAGAUCAGUUAGACCAAAAGGAAGAAGAAAAGGAUCAGCAGGAAAAAGCAUAUUUAAAGCAGACAGCACCAAUCUUGAUAGGUAGGCGAGGAAGAGAGGCUCUUCCUUUGGAUGCCCAUCAGGAUUUCCCACAUGGUCAUGGAGAUGAGGCUUUCACCAGGGACAAGAAAGUACGCUUCAAGGAGCCACAGAGAGGCUUUUCCCCAUCUAAUUAUCAGUAUCUCUCUCCUCAGCACCAGAACCUUGCCUUCUUCAGAGAUCAGAACUUACAACCCACGAAGCAGCCAUCUGUUGGGACAGCUGAAAGAUGGAAAGAGAGCUUGCUUCUGGAUGGCUCUGAGCAUCUUCCACCAAAGAUCCAGAAAGGGACUUCCCGAAGAACACAGGCCUAUGAAGACUGCCAGUCAGGACUGAACUCAGAAUUUCAAACUUCUCUGCCAUUUCAGUCCGGAGUAGAUCAAGAAGACAAGAAAGAGCGUCAAAAGCAGUUCCUGAGAUUUAGACGGCUUUUUAUGGAUAUUGAAAGGGAACAAGUAAAGGAACAACAAAGGCAAAAAGAACUUAAGAAGAAAGUUGAAAAAAUCAAGAAAAAGAAAGAGCAGCAGCGUCAUGCAGAAGAGCAGCAGAUAAUAAUGAAUUUGCAGGAAGAGCCUCACUCAGGGGAGGAGAUAGUUCCCGAUGACCAGCUACAGCUCGAGGAAAGAGAAGAAUCCAGAGAAAGACAGCAGAGAGAAAAGGAACAUCAGAGGUAUCUAAAAGCUCUAAGAGUCCAGAUCCAGGAGAAACUGCAGCUGAAUAACAUCAUCUUGCCUGCGCUGUGCUGCUGUGGCCCCGAGUUCUGGGACGCGCAUCCUGAUACCUGCGCCAAUAACUGCAUCUUCUAUAAAAAUCACAGAGCAUAUACCCGCGCACUGCAUUCUGUCAUCAAUUCCUGUGAUAUCCCUGAAGGACACUCAGGUCUCCGCAAGGCCAUCCAUAAUUAUGUUUUUGCAUACAAACAGACUUUGAAAAUUUGUAAUGAGAACCUGAAAUCAAGUAUUUCGACCUUCACUUAAAAUCAACCCUGAGAGAUUAUGUUGAAGAAGCCUUGAAGUGUAUAAAUGUAGACUCGGAAAGGACUGGCCCAUGUAAUGGCAGUCGCUCUGAGCCUGUGGUCACUGUUGUUCCAGGCUCCAUUUCAGGGUCAGGAGUGAGAGCUGCUCUCUGAACUUUUCUCUGCCGUGAGCAUCAUGGGAGUCUCUGGGGAGAGAGCUUAGAAGCGUGCUCUGCUCGAAGCAUGUGCUCUCAUGCUCUUCCCGAAGCGUGCCUGCCUCUCAGUCCAGAGAGUUUUCUCUUCACUCUGCUCGGAUUGGAAGAGAUCGUAAGAAAUCUUUAGAUGAUCUCAUUUGAGGUUUUUCUAGAAUGAGACCUUUGCAUCAGGACAAAAUGGAAAAUAUCUAUGAAGAUGAAGCUGAAAAGAUAAUGAUGAAGUUUUAGUUGGUGACCAUCUGGAUUACGGUCAGCUUUUUGCCUUGUGUGCAACGAUUAGCGACAAGGAGAAUCUGGUGAACUUUUCCUUCACAUUUUUUCUUUAAAAAAUUAUGGCCACUUUCCUCAUGCAGCAACAUUGGACGUAGAACAUUUUACUUUAUAUAUAUUUAUUAUAUUAAAAAAACUGUUUUGAGCAUUUUCUACAUGAAAUAAUUGUGAAUGGCGUUUCAAAAAUUGAAUCUUAAAGUGUGUCAACUCAUGUUUUAUUUCCAUAUUUUCUUAAAAAUCUGAACAAAUA